GGCAAUCAGGCAUGCAGAUCAGCAGCAUGGUUUACUUCGCUCGUUCUCUUUUACUCUCAUUUCCGAAAUUAUUUUUUGCGUAUAUUUUACUAAAAUUGAUUGAUGUAUUAUUGCUAAUUAAUUAAUUGAAGUUAGAUAGUCGAAGCAAGUGGGAACGAAAGUGACCCUGUGAGGAUGAUUAUCACGGCCAAGACGAUUUACCGGAUGUGGGCUGCAGCGACGGACGAUUUUGAAAGAUGCAUUGGACAGUUCCUAAGCCAGCCGGGGAUUACAUUUCAGGAUUUCUGCGCUGUGGCGAAAAGAAUGAAGAUUGUGCUGGUCAUGAAUGCAUGCGUCGGUCAAGGGAUAUACCGGCACGAGCAUUACGCCAUCUUCUCGAGGAUAAUGCUUGAUGCUGCGACCCAGUUCUGGACCCUGCCUCCAGUUGCUUGUGCUAAGGACGGAAAUUUGGAACUGCGACGACGUCUGGGUGGAUUUUAUUUGGCUUACCUGCUCUGGCACAAACAACCUUACGCGGGGGUUACUCCCAUCAUUUUGAAAUCUGACGACAUGGAUGAUUUACGAGAAUGGUUUAAACUGGUCGAGUUAAUUGAAGACGAUGAUACUCGACUCUCUAUUAAGAUGAUGAUUCACCAGCUGGCGAUGACAGACGGGUUUCUGUUAUCGGCCUUCGAUAUUGAGUAUGACAUCCACCUGGUCCACCGAACCGUGCUCAACAUGAUAAACAAUCAACUGGUAAAAUAUAGCAGGACCGAACGAACGGUACAGGAUCAACUGGCAUAUGGUACGACCUGGCAUACCAUGGCACCAUCCAUUGAUGCUCAUUGUGAACUUCAGAGAUGUUUCAUGCAGUGCUUAAACUGCGCGACGAAGCCAACAUGUCUAGGAAGAGUUCGUGCUUCGAAGACUUCGAAGCACGACGCCGAGGUCAACAAGGACGAGGUGAAAACCUGCUUGGAAAUGUUGGCUGGCGACACAAACAUGGCGAACUUGAUGUUGGAGGUGGCUGAUGCGGUGGAUGUCAUGGCUCGUCAACCGAUCCUCACCAUUGGCAAGCUUACGUUGGAUAACAUUGUAUAUCAUCGAAUGAUGGGCGAAUACCGGACCUUCCUUAGGCGGUUGGAGAAGAAAAUUUUGCGAGGGCGGAAGAAACCUGCCAGUGAGUACAUUAAAGCUGGCAGCUACUGGGGAAGGAAGAAAGAGGUCGACGAAGGAAGAGAUCCCGUAAAACGCGGUCCAAGGAAAGGGUACCCUCGAAACAUCUACAUCUGGCUUCACGACCUUCCCUUCAGCUUUGAUCCAGAAAAAGAGUCGGAAGAAGAGGCAAGGGCUAACGCAAAUGCAAAAUACAACGCAGCUGUUAAAAGGGCACAGGCAAAAGCUAGGUCAGCAAAACCCAAAAACUGGAGGCCUAAAGCCAAAGUUCGGAUUCCAAAGAAAAAAGCAGCGAAAAAGCCCAAACCGCGCAAAGAAAAAAAGUCGCCGGUGAAAGUUCCAAAAGCGACUCGACGUAGGAAUGAAGUUUUACGUAUGAAACAAAAAAUGCCAGUAGAAACAGGAGGAAAUGCUUUCGCAGGGAAUGCAAAUACGAGGCGAUCAUUACGUUUGGCUGCAAAAGAAUUGACGGUUUAAAAAAACAUGCAAAAGUUUUGAAGGCGACAAAUAAUUUUAUGGAAUUUUAUGAACGUUUGUUACAGAAUUUCUGUAUAAAAUAUGAAAACCUGUUGAAUAAAAGCUUUGCUUUUCAAAUUUA